CGUUUAAAAUAUCGAACAUCCCACAAAAAGGUCCUUUCUUUUGUCAUCCGACUCAUUAUUAUUUUGUUGUCUUGAACGUGAGACUACAAGCGAAUUAUCAUGAAUUUCUCCGAUUUUUUUAAGUACUUAGGUGGUAUUUUAGGAAUCAUAAAUGGCGACAAUCUGUCAUCAACAACAGAUCUUACUUCCUCAACUCCGUUUAUGAAAUCAUCUACUCCGAUGAUAGUCGACACAUCUACUUUAAUUCAAUACAAAACCACAGCAACUCCAUCCGCCUCAACUCUGAAAUUUUUGACUACACUUUCCGAAACUGGCUCUCCGAAUGUCAACACAGGUUCAACGGGCUCAGACACACAUCACACUGGAUCGCCAGUAACUGAAGUUGUCUCUGAAAAAACCAGCACUGAAACCCCAACUCCUAAUUCAAGCAUUCACACCAAAUCAAGUGAAUUUCCAAGUACCCACACAGAAUCUACUGGAUCUCCUAGUACUCACACAGGGUCUACUGGUUCUCCAAGCACUCACACGGGAUCCACGGGGUCUCCAAGUACCAACACUGGAUCCACUGGCUCUCCAAGCACUCACACUGAAUCUAUCGGAUCUUCAAGUACCCACACUGGGUCUACCGGAUCUCCAAGUACCCACACUGGGCCUACUGGCUCUCCAAGUACCCACACUGGAUCCACUGGCUCUUCAAGCACUCACACUGGAUCAACCGGAUCUCCAAGUACCCACACUGGAUCUACUGGCUCUUCAAGUACUCACACUGGAUCUACUGGCUCUUCAAGUACUCACACUGGAUCUACUGGCUCUUCAAGUACUCACACUGGAUCUACUGGCUCUCCAAGUACUCACACUGGAUCUACUGGCUCUUCAAGUACCCACACUGGUUCGACUGGAUCUCCAGUCACCCACACAGGUUCGACUGGAUCUCCAGUCACCCACACAGGUUCGACUGGAUCUCCAAUCACCCCCACUGGUUCAACCGGUUCAACUGACAAACCAUCAUCUACAACUGAAGCACCUGAAAAGCCCAGUCUGUCAAAGGGAGCUGUAGCUGGAAUUGUCAUUGGAUGUCUUCUAAUUGUUGCCAUUGUCACAGCAGCUAUCGUUUUUGUUGUUAAAAACAGAAAUGCUGGACCUGAAGCUCAGAGGCUCAAUGUGUAAUAAGUUUUUUAAAAAUUCGUCUUUUAAAAAAUCUCAAUCAUUCCAAAAUAACUAAGAACAUUUUAAGAUGCUGCGUUGUCACUAUAAAAAGUUUUGUCUUUUGUUUCCGUGAACAUCUGUCAAUACAAAGGGCCCUUGUUACUGGCAGCUAAUAUUAUCAUUCAUUGUGUUUAUGUUACAAAAAAGUUAAUGUUAUAUUAAACUUGUUUUGAGGAAAAAA